AUGGCAACAACAGCGACGACAGCAGCCUUACAACAACAGACCCAGGAUUAUACAGAGUUCGUGGCUGCAGAGGGACGAUACGAGUUACUCCAGGAUUUCCACUUGGACCACGUUCUGCCACACCCAGUCAUCCCCACCUACGUCUCCUCGGUCUCGGUCAAGUACAAGGAUUACUUCAACAGCUCUUCGUCGGGUGGGAAGAAGACGGGCGUCUUUGGGUCUGUGUUUGACCAGUUGGAUGAGCAGCUUCGUGAUCUCAAAUUCUCUGAUGAUAGGGCUGCUGAUGAUGCGGAGGAGGCUACGACUGUGACAGCGCAAGCAGCAGGAGCUCAGGGCAAUGGAGGAGGCGGCGGCGGUGGAGGGCCGCAAUUGAGUGGCAACUUUCAUGGAAACUUGGUGGACUUGCCGCUCUACAAUGAUGAGACUAGUUCAGGAACAGGAACAGGAACAGGAGCAGGAGCAGGAGCGGGAGGAGGAGGAGGAAAGAGUUCUGGGGAUGGUGAUAGCUCAACUCUGGCGUCGGCCUUGACACCCCCUCGCCCGCCACCUCUGAAGGACUCUACAUCCUUUGGGCGUCUUUCGGACUUUUCGUCCUCUUCGACCACCACCAGUCACAGCCACCUUGUUUCUGGCAUCAGCAGCAGUCGGACUCUUGGCAGGGCGUCGAGUUUCUCUCACCAGUUGUAUGAAGAAGGGUCAGCAGGAGCGAUGAGCUAUCAAGGAGGAGGAGGAGGGCUGUCGUAUUCGUCUACGAUAGGACCAUCUUCAUCAACAUCGUCUGCAUCAGGAUUCUCGUCAUUCUUUGCGGGCAAGAGGAAGAAGCCCAAGAGCAAUAUUAGCAAGACCAACUCGACGUUUAUAGCCAAGAUUACGACACAUGAAAACCUGGCCAAGAUUCUGGCGAACAGGGUUAACGAGGAUGUUUAUUUGUUCUGGAAUACGGGCAGGACAUUUACUUGGAGCGACCUCACUCAAAAACCCAACGAACCAUUGUCGCAUAUUUCGUUCUCAAAGGCAUUCCCUACUGCCCAUGAUGUCAAUAUCCUGACAAGGAGUUGCGACCAUCUGGAUGUCAUCAUUGGAUUCUCGACGGGCGACAUCAUCUGGUUCAACCCCCUCAGCAACAAGUACUCACGUCUCAACAAGCAGUCUAUUAUCAAGGACAGCGCAGUGACGAUGAUCAAGUGGUUGCCAGGAUCUGAGAGCCAGUUCAUGGUCGCGUUCCAGGACGGGAGCAUUGUCAUGAUGGACAAGGAUAAGGACGAUAACGCCUUUACCACCCCAACACCGCCUGACGAAUACAACUUUCACGCGACGAAACCGAAGCAUGGAAGACACAAUCCGAUCUCACAUUGGCAUAUCUCCAGGAAGCCGAUCAACGCGUUUGCAUUCUCGCCAGACUUGCAACACGUCGCAGUUGUGGCGGCAGAUGGCGAGCUCAGGAUCAUUGAUUUCCGGAACGAGCGGUUGAUCGAGACUUUCAAGUCUUACUUUGGCGCCCUUAGUUGUGUCUGCUGGAGUCCCGAUGGCAAAUACAUCUUAACGGGAGGACAGGAUGAUUUGGUGACGAUAUGGUCGUUCAAGGAUCUGCGGAUUGUGGCGCGAUGCCAGGGUCACCAGAACUAUGUGACAGGUGUGGCGUUUGACUCUUGGAGAUGCGACGAGCGCAAUUAUCGGUUUGGUAGUGUUGGCGAGGAUGCCAAGCUCCUCCUAUGGGACUUCAGCGUUGGAUCUCUGCAUAAACCUAAAGCCUCAGUAACGCAGAGACGCGGGAGUAAUACGACAGUUCAUGGGACGGGGGCAUUCAACCCUGGACAUGCUAGUAAGAGCAGUAUCACCAGUCUUCUCGGUCUGGGAGGACACAGUCUGUUCAACAAUAAUAGGUCCACUCUUUCGCAGCAUGCGGCCGUACCACCGUCAUCAACCACAACAACACUGCCAUCAGCUGGAGCAGGAUUGUCGUCGGAGACGAUAUCGAUUGACAGUGCGUCGAUUUCAUCAGCUCUUGAAUCUGGGAGGGAGUCGACGCUUGGUGCUUCAACUGCAGAGUUGUCCGUCUUGUCGAUGUCGACUGAUGGUGGUGGUGGUGGUGGUGGAGGGUUGUCUGUUUCGGGCGAGACGGCGUCGUUGAAUUCUCUGACUGGUAGUAUUUCUGGAACGACUAUGACGACACUGGAAGGGACAGAGACUGCGAGUGUUGCGACGAGUAGUAGUAGUAGUAGUAGUACUGGCAAGCUGCCAAGGAAAGCGCUGCAGCAUGCCGCGAGGACUCUCCCGCACUUGCAUUUCAAUCGACCAAGCAACAACAACAACAACAACAACAACAACAACAACAACAACAACAACAACAACAACAACAACAACAACAACAACAACAACAACAACAACAACAACAACAACAACAACAACAACAGCAACACGGCAACACAACAACAGCAACAACAGGACAAUCUUGCGACCAUGUUCCAUCACCCCAACGCGUCCAAUUCUCAAAAGUCUGACGACGCUGGCGGUGUCACUCCUACCGCGACAACAGCAGGUACGGGACUGCGAGGAUCUGUGGAUACUGAACGGGAAGGAGAAUACCUGGUGGCGAUGACACGGCCGCCAGAAAGGAGAUCGCGGGUUGCGAUGUUGCAGCCAUUGAUGGCGACGGCGAUCCACCAUGAGCCAUUGGCCAGUAUUACGUUCCGGGAGGAUGCGAUCCUGACGAGUGAUCGGCGUGGCCAUAUCAAGGUCUGGAAGCGGCCUGCUAGGCCUCCUCCUUCUUCUGUGCCCGGUAGCGGGGGUGGUUCUCAAUCUUGA